CCAUCCCUCUCUCUCUUCGUGAAAUCCAUCCCUACCCCAAAUCCAUCCCUCUCUUCAUCUUCGUCCGUGUCCCCUUCAUCUGGGUUAUGGGUGGCAGCAAGGCAUCUUCCACGAGUGAAGUUGGAAACGGCUUACCAAGAUGUGGAUGCAAUGAAACCAUGAAGUUGUUGGUCUCCAAGUCAAUUGAAAACCCCGGUCGCAAAUUUUGGAAAUGCAGGAAUAAUAUGAAUGGGUGCGGUUUAUUUUUGUGGGAUGAUUUGGUCAGUGAGUUUGUAGUGAAAGAAACCAAUCCGUCCGGAUGCCGCCAAUGUGAAGUCAACAAGGCUUAUUUGAUUGAAUUUGCUAAAGAGAUUGUUGAGGAGAUAGAUUGCAGAGUCGGAAAGCUUAACAAGUUAGAAAAACUGAAGAAAAAGAUUGCAAUGGAAAAGAGGAAAAAUUUAUGGUUAAUGUUUGUAAUUGGUCUGUCAUGGAUGUUGAUAGCAGCAAUGGUUAAGUUAGUCUAA